AUGCUGCAACCACGGAUACCACUCCGCAGUCUGUGCCGGGGAUGUCAAUCCUCAUCCUCCUGGCCCGCCCUUCGACGCUCCUAUGCACAAGUCAUUGACCCAGUGCACCCUAGUACCUCAGUUCUGGAUACAGCUCAAGCAGAUCCCCUAUUAGCUGAAUCACAAGACAAGGUCGGCCCAGUCAGGGGAGAAGUGCGACUUCGACGAUACACUCCGCGAACCCCUGGUCUGCGUCACUUGAUCAGACCGGUGAACGACCAUCUCUGGAAAGGCCGACCAUAUUUCGACUUGACGUUUCCAAAAAAGGGCCAUGCGAAAGGAGGCCGAAACGAUACCGGGCAUGUUGUCGUCCGACACCGAGGUGGAGGACAUAAGAGAAGGAUACGUAUCGUCGACUUUGCACGACGGAAAGGUGGCAAGCAUGUUGUAGAGCGCAUUGAGCAUGACCCUGGUCGGACUGCUCACGUUGCGCUGGUGAAGAACAUCAACGACGGGACAAGAACAUAUAUCUUGGCCGCAGAAGGCUUGCGGGCUGGCGACGUCGUUGAAAGCUACCGAUCUGGUCUUCCCAAGUCUUUGAUCCAGGAAAUGGGUGGCCAGAUGGACCAGGGUGUUGUCGCAUCAAAAACUGCUCACAAGGGCAAUUGUUUGAAACUGGGCAUGAUUCCUAUCGGAACGCCAAUUUUCAACAUCGCCCCCACACGUGAAUCGAUUGGCAAGAUCUGUCGUAGUGCUGGCACGCACGGAAUAAUCAUUGGAAAGGGCGAAGACACGGUUCAGAAGGAGAUGAUCAAGCUUAUUGGAGACAGUGGGAAUAUGGACAUGUCUUCGUUGACCAAGGAUCAGCUGAGGAAAUUCGAAAAGGCAGCCAACUAUGUCACGGUCCGGCUCUCAAGUGGUGAAGUUCGGCUGAUUGACAAAGAGGCUGUGGCAACGAUCGGGGUCGCAAGCAACAUCAACUUCAAAUACACCUCUCUCGGCAAGGCUGGACGCGCACGGUGGCUCGGCAUCAGACCAACCGUUCGUGGUCUUGCCAUGAACGCAUCAGAUCAUCCCCACGGUGGUGGUCGAGGAAAAUCUAAGGGCAACCGUAUUCCCAUGAGUCCUUGGGGCAUCCCGGCCAAAUCAGGCUACAAGACCAGACCGAAGAAUAAGUUCAACCCUCUCGUUGUCACAGAACGACCGAGAAACCAGGGCAGACGAAGAAGGGGUUACGCUUAG